CGCCAAUUCCGCAGACAACAGUGUCUGCAGAACACUCCCGACCCCCCCUCUUUCCCCCCCGGCCAGCCAUGACGGUUGCAACACUUCUUCCUGAUUCCACCCUGGAAUCAGUGAAGCUGGCCGUCCGCUCCAGUUCGACAUGCUCGACGGCCACCGUGCUAUCCCUCCAAACACUCCUCCGCGGGACAUCGAAAGCGCCCACGGAUGCGGAACCCACCACAGUGAGACGAGCGGCACGAACAACAAAAGCCUCGACUACAACUACUACUACGAUUACGAGGACAAAGUCAACGAGGGGAACAAGGACGAAAGUUUCUGCGGCGGAAGCAGCAAUCAAUACUGUGGUGGAACAAGAUGCUGCGCGUAUAUCAAACCAAGAGAAGCUUGUCCUGGCCACAGAAGUAUUCAACACGACACUCAAGACCCUCUCGGAGGCUCUGAAACUCAACUCCAGCACAAAACGAGAAGAUUCUCGCGCGUCGACGCCACGCGAUUCUACCUCUGUUACCCGAGGCGUCACGAAAUCACCCCGGAAAACGAAUGCGACCGCCCUCGAGAAUGGUAUCCCCGCCGUGGCUGCGUGUGCGGCUACAUCUUUAGCCUGUUUGAGGACUCUGAAGAGUGACCAGGUCGAUGGGGGGUUGAACAUGCAGCUUGAACAGGGUUCUUGUAUACUGGCGGGAAGGCUCCUGUCGCUUGGACUCAACGACAUGGCAUACAAAGAACUGCGGGGGUUGAAGAAGAGAAUACAACAAACCUUGGAACUCCAAGACUCGAAUGGAACGAGAGCGUCUAGCCGGAAAGGACUCCCCGCGGAGUCAGAGGAAGAAGCAAUCAAAGAAAGGAUGUCUGAUCUGCUGAGCUUCCCCGCUCCAGGCCAGAUGCGACCAUUGCUCGGAUUGCUGGUGACCUUCCAGUCGAAUGCCCUGCGACUCAUCCUAAACGACAAGAAACCCAUGACGAUUCAAAACUUGGCUCCCUCGCUACAGCUAUCAGAUCCCAGCAGUCCAGCGAACAUCAUCUUAGCCGCCCUCGAGUCUGGAGCGCUGACUACCGAAAAAGCCGCGAUGCAACUCCAAUUACUGUCCAACACCAUGUUGUCCCUAUCCUCCACUACUACUCAGGCCCCCAGCAAGUUGAAACCCAUGACUUCUCUGAGCCUGCAAUUGCUAUCCCUCGAAAUCCGCUGCAUGUCCUGGAAAAUCUCGGGACAUGUUUGCGACGACGCAAGAGAAAUGUGGGAUCCGAUGGCUCGGUACUUGGCUAGCUUCAUUCACCAGAACAAAGGAGUCACCAAGACGGAGUUUGCGACUCUAUACAAGCACAUUGUUCGUCUUCAGGCGGCUUUCACUAACGUUCAGAAGAGGUCAACUGCGAGCGUAAAGGACAAUGUGUCUGUCGCAAGGAUAGCAGCGAUUCUUGGACAACUUGCCCAAGAUGCGGGGUGCUUCGAGGAGGCUCUGAAGCUUUUCACUGAGUCUAUAACCCCACUGUUCAAUGGUCAAUGCCUUGCCUUGGCUACCGUUCGCUGCAAGAUCGCUUCUCUCCACUUUCAAGCUAUCAGGCAUUCGACCAAAUUCACCGCUACUGCUCUGCCCGGUGUUCUCACGGACGCGACGAAUGUUCUGUGUCUGUCUCUCAAAGGCAGUUCAAAUGAUCUUGAUGAACUUCUAGUUGAAGCAGCAAAGCUCAAGAAAGCAGCGAUGAGCUGGUUUGGCGAUGUGAUGUCAAAGGAGAAGGAGAAAGGUGAGGAGCAAAACGAUGUUUGCUGUAAGAUUCUCGAAUAUCUUAACGGCUUUAUUCGAUUUUUGCGCCGAUACAUUGGGCGCAAGCCGACAGAUGAAGACCCGAAGGAGAUCGAGUCGUUUGAUAGGCGUGUCGCUGCGUCCCAAAAUAUUGCGUUCGCGGCUGUGGACUCUGUCCUCGCGGUUGGAAGGUUGUCUAUCACGUCCGGAAGGCCCUCAUGGGAGGUUAUUCAACCGACCUUACUCGACUGUCAGCGACUACUCGUGCUAAUCGAACCUCAAGGGGAGAAGCAACCCGGCUCUCCAGUUGUUGAAAGUGUCGAUAAUGCAUUCGUCAAACUGUCGAAUCUGUUCUGGUCCAGAUAUGUCAAGGAGAAAGAGUCUGGUCAAGGGUAUCGUGAUCUCUUACCCAUCUUGAAGCAAUCCGCGACCUUACUGUCAAAUUGCUCGCCUUCGCAACGUGUUGCAGGGUUCGCACCCCUCAAGUAUGAGCGACUAGCACACACAUAUAUGGAAGGGGGGAAUGCUCGUGAAUCAGAACAGGCGUUCCAUAAGUCGAUCUUCGAACACAUACAUACUGGUACGCUCGACCAGGUAAUCUCAUCUACGGUUGGGUGCUUUCCGCACAGAAUGUGCCAAGAUCCUAAAAGCAAUGGAUUCAUGCUUGGGCGCGUUCUGUAUGCCCUCCUGAAAUUGAACCUCAGAUCCAAGAAGUCAAAAACGCACGGUUUCUUCGAUGACGACAGCCUGGACCUGAGCCAAAGAGGCCAUUUAAUGGAGUGGCAACUGGGAGUGUUGGCUGAAUUUCCCGCCAAUGCUUGCUCCGAUGAGGCCUUCCGAUCUACUUUUACCAUGCUUAUCACACAAAUCUUCAACUUGUACUCUUUUGAUACCCAAACCAUUCGUCUUCUGCGCGUUGUUCUUACUAUUCUGCGUUUCUCUUUGGAACAUCCGGGUUUGAUGGACUCAAAGUUGCUAUCAAGUGUCAUUGACGUCGGCCGCCAAUGCAUUGACCAGGAGGACGUCGGCGAGGACUCCGACCUUGGUUCUCUAUGGUCACACCUCAAAAACUCGGUCCAACUUACACUCGGCCUCCAUGAGGGUGAUCUGUCACCUUCCACCCUAGAGACAGUCCUUUUGUCUUGGAGUACAAUGCUGCGAGACUGCGGCGAUUUGGAGUCUCUUCUUCUGAAAAUCGGCGACCUCGACCACUAUUUACUUCAGAUGAGGGCGAUAGUUGACUACACCGAGAUACACGGGCUCUGGAAGCUGCAACUCUCUGCACUUGAAUUGGUGCUGAAGACCACGGAGCUCCAAGAAUCGGGUGACUUUUCCGAAGCAAUUAUAGUUUUGUCACGGCUUGUUCUUCAAUACAGUCGACUUGGCUUCUGCACACAAGCCAGUGCUCUCUUGAAGCAGGCGGAGCAGUAUCUCACUCAUUCGAAUACCACCUGCUUAGCAAUCUUGUCGUACCGAAUAGCACACGUCGGCUAUCUCCUUGAGACUGGGGAUAUUAGUCAAGCGGCGACCGUGCUCGCUAAAGCCAGAGCUUUAUACGAGAAAUACCAGAAGAAGGAAGAUCUGAACAGCUGCUCCACCUUGUCCAAGAUUCUAUGGGAGAGGCUUGUUGCUGACGCAGCCUUCAUGAGCUCUCGGUUGUCGUUCGCUCAAGGAUCGGUCAAUGAUGCUCUCUUCUUUGCCAAGCUUUCUGUCCGGUUGAAUUGCAGAAUUUGGGCCAAGAUCGAGAAACUUUCUCAGAAGAAACAAGACAAGAUGAUUCAGGCUAACGAUAAUUCUGAACUUGAGACUGUGGUGGAAGGAAUGGCAAAGCUCGAGGUUGCGCAAGCAGCUCCUGUGCCGAAUCCUGUCUAUUCCCAGGGUGCCCCUUUCUGGCCUCAUAUUGGCUCUCAUCAUACCGCUCUGCUGAAUUUGGCGAGUCUCUCGGCGCACCACGGUCUAUUCCAGGAUGCUAUAUACUACGGGGAACAAGCUCUCAAGAUCAACAAAUCUCUGAAUGCGAAUGUCCGUCUCAUAGCGUCUCAGGCACAGCUUGGGUCCCACUGGAUCUUCGGUGGUCAUCUCUCUGAGGGGCAGGAACUGCUCGAGGCGGCGGAGUCUCUUUCCAAGCAACUCGAAAGUAGUGUCGAACUCGUCUCGCUUCAGGUUGGCCUUGCUUCUCUUUACAGGGCACAAGGCCGUUUUCUUGAAGAGCAGCGUGCUCUUCUCGAGGCUGACCGUAUGAUGACUCAAGUGGCUGGUCCUGAUGGAUUGGAUGCCUCCGCAACAAUCCCGAAUCUUGAAGAUCAGAUGAAGAAGUUGCAACUCCAGGGAACGGCCAGGAAAACACGUCAACGUGCCGCCACAACCACAACAACAACACGCAGGACUCGGGCAGCGACAGUGUCCGCUUCGAAUGCAUCCAAGGCUACAGAGACACCAGCCACACCAAGCCAGUCCGAGUCCGAGUCUACUUCCCUUUCGCAUUUGAGAAGCGAGAUUCUCCGCCAGCAAGCUGCCUGUUUACGCACACUUCGUGACUUCGAGAAAGCAUCAGUGACCCUCCACAAUGCGCGGAAAUUUGCGACGUCUCGGGACAGCCAGAUAUCUCUGCAGAUUGGCGAAAGUGAGCACCUGCUUGCGGAUGCCAUUCGGCAUUUUGCCACGCAUGCAGUCUAUUGUGUUCUCCCUGAAUCAACCAUCUCCCUGCCAUCACUCCAGUCACCAAGCAAAGUCCCCAGCAAGUCCAGCACUGGUAAGCCAGCAUCCACACGGAAAACAAGAGCUCCAGCUCGUGCACCAGCAAGAAGCACGAGGGCUAAAUCCGCCAAGCCGACUGAGGACUUCUCUGUAAUGUUGUCCAAAGCCGGGGAGAGCCUAAAUGCAAUCUUUCCCACCGCCACAACAUUGGGGUCUACUCUUGACAGUCACGCAGCUUCUCGCCUGAUGAGCCGUAUCUCCAUGCUCUCUCAUGUUACUGUACCCGAGAGCUCGGGAUUAUUGUCUCAGUCUCCAGCAAACAUGAACGAAAUAGGCCGGAUCGGUGCCUUUACGCGUGAACGAGCUGCCAUCAGUCUUGACAAGCAGUUAGCAAACUACUGCGAUCCUCUCCUUUGGCCAAGCGCUGAAGCAAAGGCCAAGUUUGAAGAGGAUCUCUACUCGCGUUUCACCGAGGACUAUAUCGAGAUCCUUCCAGAGAAUUGGAACGUUCUUUCUCUGUCCCUUAGCGCUGAUAGUACUGAGUUUGUUGUUUCAAGACUGCACAAGGGUCGUUCACCCUUCUUGUUACGACUACCACUCAAGCGUGGUUCUGAGGACGAUGAGGAAGAUCAGUUCACCUUCGAAGAUGGGAAGGUAGAAAUGAAGGAGCUCAUCAAGCUGACGAACCAAAGUGCGCAUGCAGCUAAGCACCAGAACGACCGGCAAUCGAAGAAGGAAUGGUGGAAGAACCGCGAAGCCCUGGACCGCCGCAUGGAAAACUUGCUUCAAAACAUCGAGAACGUGUGGUUUGGUGGUUUCCGAGGAAUCUUCUCUCCAAUGCCUCACGAAACCGAAUCUUUGGAGAGAUUUGCGGCUCUUUUCCAGAAUGUCCUGGACAAACACCUACCUUCCCGACAGAAAGGUAGACGCGCCGAAGGCCCACACUUGACACUACACCCGAAUGUUCUGGAAUUAUUCCUGGGUGUCAAGGAUCUAGAGAGUCAGGAAGAUCCCGAGGAAACCCUGAUGGAUCUCCUCUACUUCGUCGUGGAUAUCCUGCAGUUUCAAGGGGAGCGCAAUGCGUACGACGAGAUUGACUUCGAUAUGAUGGUCGUGGAAACUCUGGAUGCUCUCAGAGGGCAUCACGAUGCCGUGCGUAACGAUCAUAAGAAGCGGACACCGAAUAGCACAGUUCUGGUCCUCGAUAAGUCGCUGCAUAUGUUCCCUUGGGAGUCUCUUCCAUGUCUUCAGGGUCUUCCUGUGUGCCGUGUACCAUCCUUGGAAUGCCUUCGGGAUCGGAUCCUGCAGUUCCAGACUGACCGCGCGGGUCGCCAACAUGACUUCGGCAUCGAUAGCAGGAACGGGACGUAUAUCCUGAACCCCACUGGUGAUCUGCAGACAACCCAGGGAACCUUUGAGAAGGAGCUCCUAGGGCUGGAACAUUGGAAGGGGAUAUCCAAGCGGGAGCCGACCGAAGACGAAUUCAGGCAUGGCUUGGAGACCAAGAGUCUAUUCCUCUACUUCGGACACGGUAGUGGUGCGCAGUACAUCCGAGGCCGAACCAUCAAGCGGCUGGAAAGAUGCGCCAUCACCUUCCUGAUGGGUUGCAGCAGUGGAGCUCUGACGGAAGCGGGGGAGUACGAGCCAUACGGGACGCCGAUGAAUUACCUGCACGCGGGGAGUCCGGCUCUGGUGGCUACCUUGUGGGAUGUGACGGACAAGGAUAUUGAUCGUUUCGCAAAGAGUACAUUUGACAAGUGGGGCCUCUUUGGUGGCGAGGAGGAGGCGGUGGCCUUGGACGAAGCUGUCUGCCAGUCGCGUCAAGCUUGCGUUUUGAAGUAUUUGAAUGGUGCCGCGCCUGUGAUUUACGGCAUUCCUUCGGUGUUUUUGGAGUGAUCCGAUGGGGCACCCGGACGUAAUGGAUUGGUGUUGAUGAUCUUUCUUUGUUUCAAUGGUGUCAAUUAGCCUAUUCCCCUUAUCAUUGCUAGCG